AUGGAGGCUUCGACCGUUGCUUCGGCUUUUCUGUCCGCGUGGAUAGCACGAUUCGGCGUGCCCUUGAGGAUAACAUCCGAUCAGGGACGCCAAUUCGAGUCGAGACUCUUCGAGGAGUUGUGCCGACUGUUGGGCGCGACGCAUAUACGCACAACGGCCUACCAUCCCGCGGCCAAUGGAGUGGUAGAAAGACUGCACCGGCAGCUGAAGGCAGCGAUAAAAUGCCACGACACGGGUAACUGGGUCGAAAUCUUACCCAUCGCACCGCUCGGCAUACGCAUGGCGAUCAAAGAGGACUUGAACGCGACGGCGGCGGAAAUGGUGUAUGGCACCGGAAUUCGUUUGCCGGCCGAAUUUUUCUUGCCCAGCAACGAGGUGGCUAGUUCGGAUUUCGUCACGCGGUUGAGAAGGCGCGUCGACGACAUGAAGCCACAACAGGUCACCCGUCACGGCGCAAGGAAACCUUUCAUUUUCAAAGAACUGUGGUCAUCACCACACGUGUUCUUGCGCCGUUACGCGAUCAGGGGCCCAUCGCAACCCCCGUACGACGGGCCGUUUGAGGUGGUCGAGCGAGACGACAAGAGUUUCGUCAUCCGAAUUAAAGACAGGAAGGUAAGAGUCUCGAUCGACAGGCUCAAACCAGCGUUCGUCAUAGCCGACGACCUCGAACGACCCGAGAACAGCGGAGAGAUCGCUCGCGAGGUGGUCGUCGAAGCCGAAACGCGUACGUCGCAAAACGACGACACGCAGGCGCGCCGUACACCGUUCACGACAUGA